CCACCUCCUCCUCCUCUUGCAUUGCCAGGGGAAGCCACCCUGGGUGCACCGGUGGACGCCUCGCCCACACUGGCGCACUGCAAUGCCUGGGGGAGCCACUCCUGGGGGCGCCGGUGGACACCUCGCCCACACUGGCGCACCAGGGUGCCUGGAAGAGCCGUUCUGGGGGCAUGUGGACGCCUCUCCAUAAAAAACUGUCGCACUGCAAUGACUGGGGAGCAAGUCUUGGAGCGCCGGUGGACACCUCGCCCACGCUGGCGCACCAGAGUGCAAACCGAAAGCCAUUAGACACCUCGCCCACACUGGCGGGCGCACCGCAAUGCCUAGGGGAGCCAUUUUGGGGUUUUCUGUGGACGCCUCUCCAGGAAACUGGCAUGUACUGCAACUGGAGGGUAGCAGUUCUUGGGGCUCCGUUGGACACUUCGCCCACAUGACUGGCGCAAGGGCCACUUUGCGCGCGCCGGUGGACACCUCGCCCAAACAGGCGCACCGCACGAAUGCGCUGGACGGCCUGCGCGAGAUACAGCAGAAAAGGCCUCAUCUGAGGACCGCGGCAGGCAUCGCGCCGGCAGGUGGUGCGCCCGGUCUCGCAGAUGAGGAGGGAGGAGGCAGAUGGAUGGUGGACGUAGGAGGAGGAGCCGAAUGGAGGGAGAGGAGGAGGAGGAGGAGGAGGAGGAGGAGGAGGAGGCGACGUGAGGACAGAUUCAACCCGUAGGCUCAAAUCUGCUCCAAAUUGCAGGCAAAGAGAAAUGACGUCAUCCACUUUGAAACAUGUGACCAUUGUCGAAGUGAGAUAUUGAACCUCACAAGGAGAUUCAAAGAUGAUUCUCCCUCCGGCACGUUGCGACCUCAAGUCAAAAGCCGGGCAAUCCAAGCCUCUACGGAACUGACGGAACUGAAGGAGGAAGACGAGAAGAAGAAGAAGAAGAAGAAAAGAAGAAGAGGCGGAAGGAUAAAUGCCCAGAAGAGAGAGAGAGAGAGAGAGAGGAGAGCAGAGCGGCAACGCGGCGUGUCGAGCCGACCCGCCAGAGCAUGACGGCCGUGAGCAGCAGCUGCAGCUCCUCCCUCAUACUCCCACCACGGUGGUUAGGGGCAAGCCCGACUUAACCACAACCCGAAGGCGGCGCGCCCCGAAGGGCACAAGCGGCCUCAUGACCCGACCUGCCCCCCUCCUCGACCAGAGCGCGCCGAGUGGGGCGCCUUUGUGGCGGGCCGCUGCGGCCUGUCGCACGCGGAACGCGACGCAAGCCCGCGCACUCUGGCCAGGCGGCAGCCGCAAGCCUUCGGCAGAGCGUAGUGCAGCGCUGCUGCGCAGCAGCGGCCAGGAGCGAUCACAUCUCGCUCGAGAAUAGGUUUCGCCGCCGCUCCUCAUCUUUCCUCUCCUCGAGCAGAAAGAGCCACUAAUUAAGCCUGGUAGCGCGACGAAGACGCGGCCUCACCGAGGUAACGUGCGCAGGCCACAUCCUACCAGCUACCAGGACCUGAACGAACAGGGGCCAUCACAGAGAGACCUUGGUGGAGCUUUUCGAGCUGCCGGCCGCUGCGUCGGGAAUCUCGCUCGCCUGCCUGACCUUCGCACACUUUCGCUGGAAGUGACGCCGCUGCGUCUUUGUCAUGGGGGUCCCCGCUUUUAGGCCCUCCUUCGAGCGCUCCUCUUCCUCCAUCUCCUGGCGGAGUGUCCAAGCGGCGGACUCCAAAUUCGCUGGCUCGGGCCACGACGGAUCCUGCUGCUGCGGCCCGACCGAAACACACCCUGGCCCUCCACGAUCGCUCCUGCUGCUGCCUGUCCCAGAGGUCAAAGGCCGCUGCUCCCUGCUGCAGUGGCCGGGCAGUGUCCAGUCUGCAGUCGCCGAGGAGAGCUGCCCCUUCUCCAGUCUGCCGUCGCCAGCCAGAUCCGACGCCGAGGAGCGGUCCGAGGAGGGGUCCGACUUGGCGCGCCGCUCCACGGUGACAGGAGAGAUCCACGGCGACUCGCAGUCCAGAAAAGUGUUCUUGUACACCAGGCCCUUUGGCCACGCGCCUGCCAUGGGUCGCGCGCGAGCCCGGGAGGUGGGGCGCGCAGCCCGGAAAAGAAGAGCCCCCCCCCCCGCCCGCCGCUCCCGUCCGCGGCCUGAGCUGG